UGCAAUCCCCCUGCCUUCCUCUCCUUUCUCCCGAUCAAUGCAUAUUUGCAAAAGGAUUAAGCCACAGAUUUAAGCGCCGGGAGCCCAUUUCUGCCUUGCAAAGGAGACCGGACUGAAAAACCAAAAGCCAGCUCUGAUUUCUUUUCGUCAAGUGGGAAGGAUCUGAAGCCAGCUUGAAGGAUAAAAAGCCUUGGUGCUGCCCAGGAGCCGAGCCGAGGAGCAGAAGAGGAAGAGCCGGGGGCUGCCGUUGCCUUUGGAGAUGGACGAGCAGCCCAGGCUGAUGCAUUCCCACGCUGGGGUCGGGAUGGCCGGACACCCCGGCCUGUCCCAGCACUUGCAGGAUGGGGCCGGAGGGACCGAGGGGGAGGGCGGGAGGAAGCAGGACAUUGGAGACAUUUUACAGCAAAUUAUGACCAUCACAGACCAGAGUUUGGAUGAGGCGCAGGCCAGAAAACAUGCUUUAAACUGCCACAGAAUGAAGCCAGCCCUGUUUAAUGUGUUGUGUGAAAUCAAAGAAAAAACAGUGUUGAGUAUCCGGGGAGCCCAGGAGGAGGAGCCGACAGACCCCCAGCUGAUGCGACUGGACAACAUGCUGCUGGCCGAGGGGGUGGCGGGCCCCGAGAAGGGUGGAGGCUCGGCGGCAGCGGCGGCCGCGGCGGCGGCCUCGGGAGGCGCGGGCUCCGACAACUCCGUGGAGCACUCCGAUUACAGGGCCAAGCUGUCCCAGAUCAGACAGAUCUACCACACGGAGCUGGAGAAGUACGAGCAGGCGUGUAACGAGUUCACCACCCACGUGAUGAACCUGCUGCGGGAGCAGAGCCGGACCAGGCCCAUCUCCCCCAAGGAGAUCGAGCGCAUGGUCAGCAUCAUCCACCGCAAAUUCAGCUCCAUCCAGAUGCAGCUCAAGCAGAGCACGUGUGAAGCCGUCAUGAUCCUGCGCUCCCGGUUUCUGGACGCGCGGCGGAAGAGACGGAAUUUCAACAAGCAAGCAACGGAAAUCCUGAAUGAAUAUUUCUAUUCCCAUCUCAGCAACCCUUACCCCAGUGAGGAAGCCAAAGAGGAGUUAGCCAAGAAGUGUGGCAUCACAGUGUCCCAGGUAUCAAACUGGUUUGGAAAUAAGCGAAUCCGGUACAAGAAGAACAUAGGUAAAUUUCAAGAGGAAGCCAAUAUUUAUGCUGCCAAAACGGCUGUCACUGCUACCAAUGUGUCAGCCCACGGAAGCCAAGCUAACUCACCCUCGACUCCUAACUCAGCUGGUUCUUCCAGUUCUUUUAACAUGUCAAACUCUGGAGAUUUGUUCAUGGGCGUGCAGUCACUCAAUGGGGACUCUUACCAAGGGGCCCAGGUUGGAGCCAACGUGCAGUCACAGGUGGAUACCCUUCGCCAUGUUAUCAGCCAGACAGGAGGAUACAGUGACGGACUCGCAGCCAGCCAGAUGUACAGUCCGCAGGGCAUCAGUGCUAAUGGAGGUUGGCAGGAUGCCACUACCCCUUCAUCAGUGACCUCCCCUACAGAAGGCCCUGGCAGUGUUCACUCUGAUACCUCCAACUGAUCUCCCAGCAAUCGCAUCCCGGCUGACCCUGUGCCCCAGUCGGGACAGGGCUAGGAGGGAGGGUUUCUCUCCCAACGCUGAAGCGGUCAGACUGGAGGUCGAAGCAAUCAGCAAACACAAUAAGAGUCUCCUUCUCUUCUCUUCUUUGGGAUGCUAUUUCAGCCAAUCUGGACACUUCUUUAUACUCUCUUCCCUUUUUUUUCUGGGUAGAAGCCACCCUUCCCUGCCUCCAGCUAUCAGCCUGGUGUCCGCCAUCUUUCCCGCUCCCUCCCUCUGUCCUAGAUGCCCUGGGUCCCUGCCCUCUAUCACAUCACGGAAGGAUAUUUUCAACAAUUAGAGGAAUCUAAAGAGGAAAGACAAUACAAAGAAAAUAAUAAACGUGUUUGUAUGUUUUCAUG